AUAAAACCCCACAGCAGAGUUAUCGUACCAUGCUCUUAUAAUAUAUCCGUCGGGCAUGAGAUUGCGUAGCAUAUUGGAAAAUAUCCAACUUUCUGUUUCGACCAUGAGUAAUACUCAAAACAUGGUGGCUUAAACUUGCUAAUACACAAAAUGGGUUUACACGACCUUCGCGUGGCAAUUCUGGCGUCUCUAAUCGUUUGCGCCUUUGUGGAGGCAGACGACAGCUGCCCGGGACUUCCGGCAUGUUUUUGCAGCAAGGACAAAACAUCGGUGAACUGCGAGGGGAAAAAUUUCACAGAAUUUCCAACCAACGUUCCAACAUCGGGCGUUAAGCUUUACUUCGGCUACAACGCAAUUACGCGCCUGUCGACCGACCAGUUGGCGUAUCUGCCGUAUCUGGAGAAGCUUCUCCUGAAUGUAAACAAGUUGACCGCCAUCGAAGCCUUCUCGUUCCGGAACUUGACGCGACUCAAUUACCUUGACCUACGGGGCAACAAACUGACCUUCGUGGGAAAAGAUUCCUUUUCCGAUCUGCCGACUCUGCAGACGCUCUACCUGACUACGAACCUUAUCGAAACCAUUGAGGAAGGUUCGUUCAAUGGGUGCAAAUCUCUGGAAUCCAUCUAUUUACAGUCGAACAAACUCAAGGCUGUUCCUCCCCUAGGCGAUCUUCCCGCUCUUAAACAGUUGGUACUAGAAGGGAACCUCAUAGAAAACGCGACGUUUCCGGAGACGUUCUUUAAAUGCACGUCUAUGAGUAACAUCGUAAUUAGCAAUAACAACAUCGAAGAACUGCGGAACGAGACGUUUCAAGCGUUGCAAAACCGAUCUCUGUCGACACUGUACUUAUCGCGGAACAAGAUCACGACGGCAUCGGCGGGAGUUUUCAGCCACAUCCGGUCAAUUACGUCGCUGAAACUGGGCUCGAACCCGCUGGACGGCGCCGACCUUCGUGCUCUUAUAGGAAGUCUAGCGGGAAAGAAGCUGGCCUCCAUAGAUCUAUCGGAUAUUAAACUAAACGGGAUCCUAAUGCUGGACACGUUUUCGUUGCUAAGCAACACGACUAUCACUUCAUUAAAGCUGACGUACAAUAAGAUUCAAUCCCUUGAAAACAACGUUUUCUACGGUCUCAACAGGCUUAUAGAACUCGAUCUGUCUAAUUGUCAACUGCAAAUAACGAACGAGGCUUCGUUUAAUGGCCUGGAUAGCUUAAACCUACUGAAUCUGGAGAAGAACAAACUUACGGACAUCCCACGGAAUUUACCGAGUCGUCUUACUAAGCUGUACAUGGACGACAAUCAAAUAACAGCAAUUCCGGACAGUAUAUUCGGCAAUCUCGAGUAUCUUCAAGAGCUUUACAUACGUUAUAACUCUAUACAGACCCUUACACAAGGCUCUUUUAUGGGUCUUCUGAAAUUGGAACGCCUUAAUCUUUAUCACAACGUUAUAGCGACCAUUCCGGGAAAGACCUUUGACCCGCUGACGUCAUUAAAAGGGCUUGACAUGGCUAAAAAUAACCUCGCCAACAUUCAGCAAUCUGUAGGGAGGUUUUCCUCACAGGGGUCAUUGCAGUACAUAAAUCUUGCCGAUAACAAUUGUGUUUAUCUACAGCCGGACUUUUUUAAGUUCAUGACGUCAUUAACGGAAGUCCACCUGGAAAGGAACAAUCUUGGUGGGUUGAUAGCCGAGAACUAUGGGGGAUCAUUUUUUGCUUCCCUUACCAGUCUAAAUCAACUUUACUUGAUGGAAAACAGCAUUACGCAUAUUCCCGGCCCAACGUUUCAAAGUCUAGAAUCGCUACAAGUACUAAAUGUUAGUCGCAACAAACUCAGAGAUUGGGACUCUACUCUAUUUCGGACAACGCCAAAACUCCGGAUAUUCGAUGUCUCCUAUAAUCUCGUGGCGAAUCUGCAGGACGAAAAUCUCCGAGAACUCAGCGCGUCGCUUAGGUCCAUGAAUUUGACUGGCAACCCUUUUAUGUGCGACUGCGACCUCCGAUGGUUCCGUGACUGGAUAGAUCACACCAGCGUCCAGCUAACAAAUAAUUUAACCUAUACCUGCAAUGGCCCGGCUGCUUGGAAAAACCAGCCGCUUAUGUCAUUCAGCAGACAAAAAAUAAAUUGCUUCGUAUUUACGUGGUGGAUGAUAACAGCUAUUUGUGUGACUUUGGCUUUAGUCAUCAUCAUCGUGUCUGGACUUUUGUACAGAAAGCGAUGGCCAAUCAAACUGUUUAUUUACAAACUGAGAAGGACAAGAAGACUUCGCGCUAAUGAUGGUCAGGGAAAUUAUGGCGCAAUAAACCCGGACGACGGCGUGUACGAUGCGUACAUAUCAUGCUCCGAAGACGACACAGAUUGGGUCCGAACGCAUUUACUUCCAGUUAUCGACAAUGGCUGCUUGAUCAAAGAUGAGCCGUUCGGAGGGGAGUUCAAGUGUUAUUUUGGAGAGCGCGAUAGCCAACCCGGUUCGGUUGCCGUGGGGCAGAUGUACGAGGGCAUCAAUGCGAGCCGGAAGGUUAUAGUGGUUCUGAGCAGGAACUACCUGAACCCUACAAACCUAUUCGAGCUGGACCUGACAAUUACAGCAUUAUAUGAAAAGAAACUUGAAGAUUAUGUCGUCAUUCAUAUUGAUAAGGGCUUGCCGUUACAAAAGUUCCCAAAGCAUCUCGCGAACAAGAUACGCCGCAACGAGAUUCUCGAAUGGACGGAAGAUGCCCACGCGCAGGCGCUCAUGAAAGGAAAGUUAACCGAUAUUCUGAAGAACCGUGAGGUUGCGGCGGACAGGGAUACAGUGUGAGCCUGUGAAGGAGAAGUCUAUUGUUGACCAUGUCAGUGUCGUUCCAUAUUAAACUGUGCAGUACGCACUCGCUAAUCAUUGAAUACACUUUUCGCAGAGACUGGAUUUUCGUUAAAAAGAUACUUUGUUUGAACAAAAACAUCCACACACGCGGAAAGUGUCGUCCCUGAUUAGCCUGUGCGAACUGCACAGGCUAAUAUUUCACGAUUCUUUGUUGUUAUGCACUAUUUGAUAAUUUUAAAAUUAAAUUUAACAAAGACUCUAGGCAAUUCUAAGAACAUUCCUAAAGUAUUUUCCGAAUAUGCGCUGUAUGCGAAUAAAUUAAGAAUUAAACGGUUAAUUCAAAGUAAAUAAUUAAAUAGACGCGUUUCAAUAGUCCAUUGUAGACCUUAGUCAAUCAUGUUUAGUCAUUUUUACGCAUAAACAUUUACAGUUUAACUGGUAACGAGAUUUAUAUCAUUUAAAGACUCUCUGCGUAUUGAGAUAUACAGAUUUAGGAAAAUUCCACUUACAUAUUGAUACAAACAAGUCUGUCAUAUUGAAACUAUUUUUUAAAGUCAAAUAUAUCUACCUUACCAAAGUUAUUUAUGAACGCAACUAUGGCUUGUUUUGGAAAAAAGGGUUAGCGCUGUUUGUACCUACGGAUUAGUUGGGGUUUCUCUAAAAAUUAUGGAGAUCCGUGCAUCAUAACUUUAAUGUCAAAUAAAGUACAUUAUAUUAGACAUUAUUAAAGAGCCACGUGAUGGCUUUAACCAGUUUUAAUCAGUUCUAGACGAUAAAAUUGUUUGAAGUAUACUUUGAUUCUAAUAUCUCUACUUUAGUAGAUGCGAUGCUAUAAAGCUGAAUUGAUAGUUAUCUCUGGAUGACUAUCGUUCUUGUUUAAGGCGUUUAGCAAGAAAUGAUGUAAUUAUUCAUAUAAAAACAGACGUGUUCAAUAUUUAAAACCGCUGCUCUUAUUUUACGUAGAUACUUCUCUAAACGAAUACUGUGUUUUAUCCCAUCAUCAGACGUGCAUUGUCGAAAUAAACCACUGUGGAAUAAAUAUUCCUCUAUUUCAGCAGUGCUGAAAUAAAGCUGUCACGCGCGGCGAAGAAUGUUCAUAUUACUCGGAAUCAACUAAAAAGUAAUCAUUUUUAGUAAAAUCGAAUCAGAUUCAACAAAACAAACAAUUUGCUACCAAGAUGUAAAUAUUUUUAACACAAAGUGCAACUCAAAAAGCAAAUAAACAUUAUUUACAAAUAUUAAGUGCGCGUAAUCGUGACGUCAUUAUUAACACGUCAUACGACACAAUGCAAGUUGUUUCACGCUAAAGAUGCAGUUGUUUAGUGUCUUUUUUUCAAUAUUUCUUAAAAAUCGGGGACGUAGAGGUAUGAUAAACAGAAAAACAGGUUAGUUACUGAUCUUUUUGUAAUGUAUGAGGCUCGACACGAUAUUAAUUAUGAAACAAUGUUUGCUUAAAAUAUCUUUGGGAUUUUCCGUCUAGUUCGAUUUUCCUAUUCUAUUUUUAAAGAAAUAAUUUACGAUUAAGAAAAUUGAUGGGAUAAAUCGAAUACUAGGUCGGUGCCGACCUAGUAUUCUCUAUGUGUUUGUGGCAUUAUCGAAAAGGAUUUAUACUCGAUCCAUUUUUCACAGAAACAUUACAUGUAUAUAUUUAGUAAUAUUUUAAUUUGAAUUAUAAGGCUAUACUAGGAUGUGUUUUUUACAUAUAACAUGUAUUGUUAAUAUUGCUUGGCUAACUGUUCGUUCUGUGACGUCAUAAAAUCGGUUUACAUAUAUGAGUCUUGUUCUGGAAGAACAUGGCUAAAUAAAUGCGCGUUAAAUGUCGUCACAGAUUAGCCUUUAAAAAUCCGCACAGGCUAAUCAGGGACGACACUUUCCGCCUAAACUGGAUUUUCGUAUAGAAAAGACUUCCUUUAACAAAAUCCAUUAAUGCGGAAAGUGUCGUCUUAGAUCGUCCGGUGAGGAUUUAUCAGGCUAAUGUGGAAUGACACUUUCCGGUCAUGCAUUAAGGCCCGUUCUUCCAGAGUGCGGCUCAAUUCGUUUUUAUUAAUAAUCCAAUGCGGUCGCUCCAGCUUGACCCAUUUUGUUUGUCUUGUCUCUCCUGAUGAUGCAGCUGAAUAACUAUUUUAUUUUUAUUAUUUGUUAUUUCUCGCAAUAAAAUAUUUAUUUUGUCCCUAUGUGUUAUCUGUCAGAAAGCUGUUUGUAUUCUUUUUUAUUCUAAGGUGUCUUGUAUGUUGUAUUUCUUGUAUCGCGAUUGCUUUAUGUUACCUUGACUUUCACGCGUUUUAUUGAUAAGUUGAUUUAGACAAGGGGGUUCAUUCCAUGUCAUUUCGCAGUAAAAUAUCAUAUUUGUGUAUGUAUCACAUCGAUGCGAUUGUAUAAGAUCGACAACAUUGAACUGGCACUCGUGAACUCCAUACGCAUAAAUUAUACUCUUGGAUUUUUUUCUAUAUUUGCAAUCGGUUUUGUUUGCUCGAAUAUAAGGAGACAAAAAUAGAAUAAUUGGUAAAGUACGAUUCAAUUGAUUUAAAGCGCUUCAAUUUCAGAAAAGUAUUUAUUGUUUGUAAUAGUUCUCUAAGAUGUUCACGAAUAUAAGUUAGUGUCAGGUUAUUAUAACAUCGUUUUUUGUCUCUGUUAAGUACCCUUAAUAGGCUUUUCGCCAGUCGAUGAAAAAUACAACACUCCCACUCGCCGUCCGAAUAUUCCAAAAGGAAGGAAAAUUUCGCCAAUUUCGUUGGUUAUUUGCAAGUGAACAAAUAAAAUGAGCUCUGAAACUAAACAUUUCAGCAAAAAGGUAUGUACAAGAAUACUAUAUUUGAUUGAUUGAUUGUGGAAUUAAGUACCUAGCAUUUUAAAAAGACCUAUACUUUCCCAUCUGAAGGUUCCUCGACGCCUUAUUCUUAAUUUCAGUUUUUUGCGCUUAUUGUUCCCAAUUGAUAUGAUACCGAUACUUAUCCCAAGUUUUUUUUAUAAAUAAUCAUUGUGUCUGUUUUAUUGAUGAAAUUUCCAAUUGUCAAUAGACUAGUGCUAACAUUUGAAACAAUUUCUUAUUAUUUACCGAAUAUUAAAUUCCAGUUGUUGUGAAAUUGUUUAAGAUGUGCUUAUAUUUUGUAAUAUCGAUGCUAUUUGUUAUAUUUCUUUUAUCAUGUUUUGAGUGUUAUUUGUAGCUGUAGUUUUUAUUAUUGCUUUUGGUUUAACCAGUUGAUCGGGAUGAUUUUGUUUAAAUAAAGGUAGUUUUCAAAUAGUACUUACUAUUUGUGCAAGAUAUGUUUAAUUAUUUUCGUAAAAUUUCAAAUAACAGUAUUUGUAGAUUUAAAGCUCAUCCAGUGUAUAUAAAUUAAAAAAAAUAUACAAGCGAAACAGAAAAUAUCAUACGAAUUUAAAAUCCGGGAUCGGAUAUAUUGAUAAUUUCGAAACAAAUUAUAUCACCCAGAUCAAAACAAUUUCUAUAUACGGAGAAAGUUGAAGCUAUCUCGAGGGAACGACUUACUAACUCGUGGAAACGAAAUAGAAAAAAAAGGAGUGCACAACUAAAUAAAACAGCGGUGCAGUAAAUCUUUUUGUUUUCUCUACUUUAACAUUUCGUUUGUCGACUUUUAUAUUUUUUAUCGACUUGUAUAUUUUGUUCUCUCGACUUGUUAAGUUUGUUGUAUAUUUAAAAUGAACGGAUAAUUCAUAUAUUCAUAUAUUUGGAGGUAAAACCUUCAACUAUCAUGUGUCGACCAAUCAGAAUAUUGUAAGUUUUGCUCUAGUCUUUUUUCCAUCUCGGUCCCUCGACUUAGUCACUCGUUGACAGACAUACCUCACUCGUUCUCUCUGCGUGUGUUUGAUGCACCCGUCUUUUAUUUCUAGCACCACUCUUUUUUAAUUGCACACGUCAUUAUUUUGGUUACGAAUCCCCUUUUUCUAUCUCGUUCACUCGACUAAGAAGUUGUUCCCACGACAAAGAAAACUCGUUGGAACGAGUAAGUAAGUCGUUCCCUCGAGUUAGUUUGACGUGGGAACGAAAUAGAAAAAGAGGAGUGAAUGUCACCUAUAUGCCAUAUAAUUUUACAUAAAAAUAUUUAAUACAUGCACAUUUAUAAUCUGAGAUCAAUACUUUAUUACAGAGGUUGUGUUAAUCAAAGACACACACACCUUAUAAUCUGAGAUAAAUACAUUUUUGCAUAGGUGGAGUUAAUAGAAACACAAAUGUUAUCAUCUGAGAUAAAUGCGUUUUUGCAGAGGUGGAGUUAAUAGAUACAAAAACAUUAUCAUCUCAGAUAAAUAGUUUGUUACAGAGGUGGAGUUCGUAGAUAAAACAUGACUCAGUCAUCUGAGAAAAACGAUUGUGUAUAUUAUUUAAUAUGUUUAGUUAAUAUAUACAUCAUUUUCGUCUGAGAUCAAUAUAUUGUUACAGACGUUAAACUAAUAGAUACACUACACUAAUCCCUCUAGAUCAACACAUUGUUACAGAGGUUCAGUAUAGAAACAUCCAUGACACAGUUAACAGAGAGAAACUAUUGUUUACGUUUUUUACAGAUUUCAUGGUGGACCAAUAUUCCGAUUGCAAUACCCUGUUGGUAGACCAGUAUCUGUCAAAUAGAGCCUUUUAAACAUUACUAGUAUUUCAGUAAAGGUUAAGCUAAAUUGGUCAAUACUCCUAUCUAGUUCACAAUUAUCUUAGUAAAGCAGAUAAAGCUCCGUUGCUGGUGUCAAAUAUUUAAAAUCAGGGUUAUGCAUAUUUUGCAUGUUUACUCAAAUGUCCACGGCGGACUUAGUGUACUAUAGGCAAGGCCUUUAGAACUGUAUGAUAUUAAACAUUUCAUAUCAGCUGUAGUUUAUUACUUUACAUUUACUUGUUCUUUAUUUUAGUACACUUCAUUAGUUGUUAUAUUGAUCAUACAUUUGGAUUUUUAAAAUUAUUUUUAUAUGGUACAGUCACAAUAUGUGAUUGGAAAUCCACACAUCUAUUAUACCAAAUAUGCUUGUUUUUUUGUGAGCUAACCUGAGCACACAGCUGCUGUGAUCACCAUAUGUCCGGCAUUUGUUGUCGUGCGUCGUGAGUGUUGCAGUGUUCGGUAUGCGUCUUCAACGUUUUGUUUGUUAGCACUCUUAAGGGCCAAAUAGUUUGCUCAAUUUUGAUGAGACUUUAUUGCAAUAUUUACUUUUGCGAAAUUUAGGUCUGGAUUGAUGAAAAUUCGUAUGCAUUCUAACACUAUAUACAACGGAUACAACAUGAAAUAAAAGUAGGUUGUGUAUUUAUAGUUAUUAAUAGUGGGCAUUUUUGAAAAUGGUAACAAGUAACCGAAAUGAAAAAGCAAAAAUACGGUUAAUACUAUUUACAGAUUUAUAUUUAUGUCACCAACAAUACAACAAAAAUAUUAAAAAAAUAUCGAUGAAUAAAGCUUUAACUUAGUGACUCCAAACUGCGACGUUAAGAUGUGCAUGUCUAUCAUUACACUAGAAUACCAUUUAUCUCCGAUGAAUAUCCAUAUUACAAAUAGUAAUUUAUUGAAAAUAGUUCGCACGUAUGAUACAUUAGAUGAUGUUGUUUUUCAACUCGAUACACGCAUGUCGACAUAAACAAAUCACUAAGCAUGCCAGGGAUAUACAAAAACGCAUCAAACACCCAAAUAUUUAUACUACGACGGUUCAGAAGAACGGACUAUAUCGCUAGAAGCCAUAUGGCAGAAUGUUUAUUCCGACAAUAUCAAAGCAGAGUUUUAUUACGGGACACAUGUAUCCCAAACUUAGGUAACCAGUUGAAAUCUCAUAAAAACCGUGUGUCCACUCAAAAUCCACAUUAAUGGCUAAAUGUUGGUGAACUUUUGUCAUGAAAAUAUUUAUCUCGACAAUACAUAGCACACGUUUUAAUCUGGUUUUAAUCUGGAUCACGUGAACCCAAAACUUGUUGACCGGGUGAAAUCGUAGUAUUUUUUCAAAUCUAGAUAACACAUUUAUGAUCGAAUCUUGAUAAAACGUGGCCAAUCUGUUUGUCUGGACAAUACCUUGGGCAAGCGCGAAUCUGUGAGACAUUCAUGAUUUAUAAAAAAACUAGGUCACCAGGUCAAAUGAUGGAAAAACCUUGUAACAACUAUAGCAGCCACAAUGAUGACUUAAUCUUGAAGAAAAAGUCAUCAUGACAGUAUCUAGGCCAAGUACAAAUAUGGGUCACGUGUGUUUCCAUGUCCGGGUAACCAUUUCAAAAGUAAGAAAAACUUUUACCGAUCGAUAAGUCAUAUUAAUAACUUAAUUGUGAUGGAACCUUGUCAGAAGUUUUAUUUUGGCGAUAUAAAGACCGAGUUUGAAAUUAGUUAACGUGUGACUAUACAUUAUAUUACAACGGUUAAAUCUUAUAAGACGCAUAUAAGCUCUAUAAAAGCAAAAUGUAUGCUUGGGGUCAAAAAUAAGGUCACCAGGUUAAGUCUUCAACAAGGGAUGCACCUUUCUAUUCAGGUGAGCGCUUCAGGACUAUAAUUGACUUCGUGUUAUUUUCAGCAUACGAAAUCAGAUAACGGUAUUGUUUAAUAUUAUUUUUUUAUAAGGCAAUCGGCUCGUAAAGACCAAACCAUACAAACCAAUGUUGUUUUUUUAACUAAAUAUUUUACAAUACGUGCCAUGUGUUUUGUAUUAUCUCGAUAUUCAUGCUUUAUUCAUUUGAUGGUAAUGUUUAUUUUGCUUAUGUCGUUUAGUUUGCAAUAAAUUAGUUAAAUUUA